CUCGGAACAUUUGCUCGACAGUUUACUCUGGGUAUCUCGAUGCCGGUGGCGAUGACGAAACGAGGCGGCAUCGCCUUCUCCUCGGGAUUUCAACUCAACUACGUUCUACCGUGGAACUUGUCGCAGUUCGAACCGACGAUAAUUCCCGCGAGACACAUCAGGGAUCUCGAUUUGCAGGAAACUUACGUCACCAUUGAGAACCUCUUGGACGAGCACGGCUGGCGGGACGGCAGGCAGUGCCUUUUGAGGACCAUCUGCGAGCUCGCGGAGACGCCCCUCCGCAGGACCCAGCAGGACGUCCUCGGGGAAGUGAUCCACCUAAUUUUAACGCCUACGGAGGACUCGCCGGUAGCAAUUAAUUCCAGUCACCGGAGCGCCAAUGAAUUGUAUCAGGAAGCCGAACGGCUGGGCAGGUCUGGGGGCGAUUGCGUCCUAACGUAUCCCGGCUGCAUCGAGUCGCCGUUGGAAUCAUUUACAGAAAUUAUAUUCCCUUAGGACGCCUUACGUAAUCGAAUCGUAUCCGCCUUCGUUCCUUUCACAGAUUA